UGUUGCUGGGAGAGCACGGAGCAUGGUGGCGAGCACGGGCUCCUCGGGGGAGGCUCCUCCAACCCAGCCAGUGCUUCCCGAUGGAGACCGGGGUACCUGAAGGCAGGAGGGGGAUAAUCCAUGCCCUCUUCUUCCUCCGUGUCCUCACCUUGUCCUCUCAGGGCUUUGGGGUUUUAAUGAUCGGUUUUGCCAAAUGGAAUUAACCUGAUUAUCGUUUUUCUUCUUGAUGUGAGGGACUUAGAAAACGCUUCCUGGGGUAGGGAAAAACAUCCUGCAAGUUGGAGAGCGCCCACUGCGACAGGAGCUGUGAGCUGGGGCUCGUGUAUGCUGCAAGGAGGGGAGAGGGCGAGCUUUGCUGGCCAUGGUGGAGCGCGGUGCUACAUCCCCUGGAGCAGGUCAGCCCGAACCUGCUGGUGCCAGGCUGCAGAUCUUCCCCCAAGGGUUGUGAUGGAGCCGAGAUGUGCGCUGGGUGCUCCAGGAACCCAAGAGGUCAGAAGGAACAUGAAGCCCCACUUUCGCAGCCUGUAUUUGGACUGAAAAUCAAAAUUAAACGAGCUUUUGCCCAUGGCACCCGAGGACGCAGGGACUGGUUCGUGAUGGGCAGGGCAGCCACGGCACUGCGUUAACGUCAGGGUGGCUCAUGAAGCCCUCUGGAAGGGCACGUUGGCUUCACAUCAGCAAGGCACGGGGUUCAGACCCACUCUGAAAAGCUGCUCCCGAAGAGGUUUGUCUCUAAAAGCAUCCCCAGCUGGCUGCAUGGUGCCUGGGCAGUGUCCCUCGAGUACCCCUGGGCGAUGUGGCGUGAGAAGAGGGCAAUUCCUUGGUCUCACCACUGAUGCCAGAGCCAGAGAAGGAGUGGGGGGGGCUGUGUGCUGCCCUGGGCUGUGAGCUGCUGCUGUCUGGGGGCAGGCACGAUGCUGUGAUUAACGUCGUACGGCUGCAGGCAGGAAUUUCUGCUCUUUGGGGACUGGCGAGGUUGUCUGCGCAGUGCUUUUUAAGAAUGGAUUAUUUGCAAUUAAUGUUUAACUCCAGUAAUGAACGUGCUCCCCAGCCAGGCAAACGCAGUGCUGGGGCUGCAGAAGAGAGGAGGCGUUUGGGGAGGUCUCGGUGCGCCUUCCUCCAUCACUCCCAGCCUCGGAUUCGCCAGCUGCUGGUUGGCUCAGUCGCUGUUUGCGCUCUUUGCCUCGUCCCUCGCCAUCUCCCUGGUCUUCGCCAUCAUCCCCCUGUGCCACAAUGUGGUGGUCCUGGCUGUGGUCAUGGCCGUGGCGGGCCUGGCCAUGGGCUGCAUCGACACCAUCUCCAACAUGCAGCUGGUGAAGAUCUACCAGAAGGACUCGGCCAUCUUCCUGCAGGCCCUUCAUUUCUUCGUGGGCUUCGGAGCGCUGCUGAGCCCGCUGAUCGCUGACCCCUUCCUCUCGGACACCAACUGCAUCCUCUCGAACGCCACGGCCAACGCCUCCAGCAACCUCCCUCACAUCCGCAAGUCGCUGGUCCCGCACCACCCGGGCAACCUGUCCCACUACGACCUGCCCAUGAAAGGCAUGGUGGUCACCCGCGUUUCCUACGCCUUCUGGAUCAUGGCCCUCAUCAAUCUGCCAGUCCCCAUCGCGGUGUUCUUCUUGCUCUACAAGGAGCGGAUGGUGCCGUGCUUCAACAGCAGCAGCCAUCCACUGCUGUCAGCAGACGAGCUGGCGAUGGAAACACGACCUACGGUGAAGGACGAUCUCGCUACCUCCGUGCAGAGACCCCACGCAGCAGGAGGUCAUGAUGACUUAUUUAGCUGCUGCCAAAGCAAAAACUUCAGAGGGGCUUCUUACACCUACUUCGCAGUCCACAUCACUGGGGCUCUUGUUCUCUUCAUGACUGAUGGGAUUGUGGGAGAGUACUCGGGCUUCAUUUACAGCUAUGCCGUGGAAGAGCCUCUCUCUGUGGUCCAUAAAGUGGCUGGCUACUUGCCCAGCCUCUUCUGGGGAUUCAUCACAUUGGGCAGACUCAUUUCUAUUCCUGUGUCCUACCGAAUGAAGCCAGCGACUAUGGUCUUCAUCAAUGUGGUUGGAGUCCUGAUAACCUUCCUCCUGCUCCUGAUUUUCUCCUACAGUGUUGUCUUCUUGUUUGUGGGAACAGCAUCUCUGGGUCUGUUUCUCAGCAGCACUUUCCCCAGCAUGCUUGCCUACACUGAGGACAUCCUGCAGUACAAAGGCUGUGCCACGACCGUGCUAGUGACUGGAGCUGGAAUUGGAGAGAUGGUACUGCAGUUACUGGUGGGAUCGAUUAUCCAUGAUCAGGGCAGCUACAGUUUCCUGGUCUGUGGAAUGAUCUUUGGAGGCUUGGCCUUUACCUUCUACGCUUUCCUCUUGUUUUUCCACAGGAUGUACCCCAAGCCCCCGUCAGAUAUGGAUGCUGCCUCACCUGACAAACCAGCAGUAAUGGAUGACACUGGACAGUAUCAGCGCUAAAGAAGUGGCCGUGCCCUAGACAAGCAAUAAAACAGCACACAAUUAAGCAGUACUAUUAAGGAUGAUUUCACACUUAAUGACUAAAUCACGCAAGUUUUCUGCAAUCAAAAGCACAUUAGUUUGGGUAAGUCAGAAUCAAGAAAACAUCCUAAAACACCAUGGGAAGCUAAGCACAAGUUGCCCGUACCACAUGUACCAAAAAGACUAUAAACAUCAGACUUACCCUGUACCUGAAAGGCUGCAGCAGUAGGGAAGGGAUGAUGGAGAACAAUUAGUCCUGCAAAUGAGCUUUCCUUACCGAUUCAGGAUGAAAGGUGGAGGCGAACAAUUUGUUCCAUAUGUAAGACUUUGAAAUUCUUCUGGCUUAAGUCAUUGACCUCGACGUUUUUUUUUCUUUUUUUCGGUCUGUAAAGUACAGGAACCCUUACAAUUUACAGCACAAUACUGGUUUUGAACUAUUUUUUGGUGCAACACAGGAGUGUAUGUGAUCUCCGUGAAUACUUCCAAAUGGGAAAAAUUAUGCUAUUGGUAGAACCCACCAAGUGCACAGUGGUAGCAGGCUCUAUCUAUAUUUGCACAGUUGAUUCUUGUAUAUUACACAGUAUCAGAUGUUCACUAAGACAGUGUCUUAUUCAGCAUGCUAGGGCCUCUUGAUUAUUAAAAUCAUUAGCUUUCUUUUUUAGAGACAAGAAUGAGUUGUGAUGUUUUGUUUUGCUUUAAGUCAUUAUGUUAGCUGCUACAGUUGCAGUGUCUUUUAGGGCAGUUUUAUUUCUAGCUUCCAGUUGAAGCUUAAACAGAGGUAUUUUGGAGCCAGCCUCCAGCUGCUUAAUCUGUGCAAUACUUAUUAUAACAGGACAGGUGCCUUCUGUAAGGUACUCUUAUAACCCACGCAUGGCCUAUUACAAGCUACGAAGAAAGGACUGGCUUUAGAAUGUAAAGCUCCAUGCAUCUAUUUCUUCAGUGAGUGAUUGGACAUGUACUUUUUGCUUUAACUGCUGUAUGUGGAUGUACAUAUGUACGUGUGUAUAUAAAGCAGUGUUUAAUUAAAGGUGAUUGAUUGCUAGAUUCUCAGCA